UUAAAGGCGUGAUCCUGUAAUGUUCGAUGCAUUGUUAUCCUUUAUGCUUUUACAGUAAUCUCAGUAGCCUAAAACCCAAAACCCUUAACCAGGCCAAAAAAUUAAGCUCAGCUAUCUGCCGCCGUCGCCGACCACCACCGUCCGCCGCUAGUGAAGAAACUGAUCCUGCAUCCUUCCGUCGCCAUGGGAAGCAGAAACGAUAGAAACCACAAAAAGAAAGGAGUUAAUUUGGGACCCAAAAGGUCUUCAUUUCAAAAGAAGAAGACGGAACUUGUCAAGAAGAAGAACAAGAACAGUAAGAAGAAGAAGGGUGUAAACGGCAAGAAAGACGAAAUUCGUGUGAGGAAUGAUGAGAAGAACUAUGAGAAUGGCGUUGAGAUGGUGGAGGAGAAGAGCGGAGGGAAAGUGGCGAAAAGAAGAAAAAGUAGCAAAAACGAGGACUUAGUUCCGUUCCCGACGGCUUCUCAACAGUUGAAUUACUUUCUCAAUCAGUAUCAAUCUGGCAAUGGAAUUCAACUCUCUGCUUUGGAAUUGGAAGCUUAUAAAGAUGAAUACAUGCUGGAGUUAAAGGAAAAAAAAUCUCAAACAAGUUUAGCUGUGCAGAUGAAGAGCGCUUUUGGAUCAUCAUAUCAAGAAGUUCUCUGUCAUAAACAGAUUGCUGAAGGGAAAAUUGAUCCCGGGAAUCCAGCACUUCUUGUAAUAUCCUCAUCAGCAUUGAGGUCAUUGGAACUUUUUAGGGAAUUUCGGCCGCUGACCAAAGAAUGCCCCGCUGUUAAGUUGUUCUCGAAGCACAUGAAGAUAGAGGAGCAGGUUUCUCUUCUAAAGAACCGUGUCAACAUUGCUUGUGGUACUCCAAAUAGGUAAAGCAUGUGGAAUUUCUUGCUUAAGCAAUGCCUCAUAUGCUAAGAUGCUUUUCAUGUAGUUUAUCUUUCCUUGUGUUUAUUCAAUCUAAGUCAGCCUUCGUUAAUCCUUGUAAUGCGGAGUCACCAAAAGAUAAAACAUGUGCAUUCUUGUUGGUCGAUUGUGUUUUUUUUUUUUUUUU